GAACAAACCAAGAAACAAAACACCGACACUCCUUUUCUAAACAAACCAUUCCAUAUGAUUGUAUGCAAGUUUGUAUUCGCGAAUAGCCUACCCCAACCCACUCGCAUGCUAAGCAGCGUCUUUAGCAAACAACAAAGAAAUUCACAUUGCGCAUCAAAAACACAAUAAUAACAGCAACAACAACAGCGCAUGCAUUUGUUGUAAAACCAAAGUGAAUUGGGUUGUGCUCAUAGUAAUGUGUGUGUGAGUGGGUGUGCGUGUAUAUGAGCGGGCGGUGAAUCAUGCGCGAAUAUACGAAAUGUAACAGCGAUGUCGGCUGUGAUAUCGUUCUGCUACGAAUCGCAUUCGUCGAGUAGACAUACGAUUGUAAAAUAUAGACAAAGCGCAUUUAACAUAAAACAAAAACAAAAACAAAAAAAAAAAAGACACAAUAAAAGAAUAGUGUUGAACGCAUUUUGCCGCCUCUGAGCCAAAACGGUGCGCGCUUAUGAAAUAUUCAAUUAUUCUAAUGAAGACAACAAAGCCGUUGAAGUGUUACACUGCGGAAGAGGCAAAAAGUGAAUAAUAAAAAAUAAAUUUAAUAAUUUAAUCUACCUAGUGCAGUUGAGCUAUUUACGGUUUGACACUAUUGGUCAAGUUAAAUGUGAGGAAAUUACAAAAGUAUUCGUUAUCUGCAUUAGUGAAAGUACGUUCGCCAAGUUCAAGGACACGCGCGUAGAGCGUGCGAUAGCAGCAGAUCAUCAACAGAAUUUUUUUUUUUUACAAAAACAACGAAUAAGUGAAUAUUGUGUUAGAAAAUUAACGACGCAGUACACAACGAAAGUAAUAACAAGAGUUUCAGCAACAACAACAACAAAAAUUCGCAAAAUCAAAUAAAUAUCUCCACAACACCAACAACACAUAAUGCGUGUGUGGAAUUCGCAAUUUUCACCGUACAGUGACCUGUAAUCAUAAAAAAAAGUUCAACUGAAAUCAAACUUGCACCUACCCUCCAGACAGCAGAGCACCCCCCUUGUUCACACCCUGAAAAUAUACAAUAACAACAAGCAAUAAGAAAAUUAACACAAACAAACAAGUUCUGUGUACGUGUGCGACUGCUUUUUCUGAAUUUGUGCGAAAUAACUGGUGCUUUCGCGAAUAUAGACAACCUUGUCGGCAUUUGUGUGUGCGCAUCUGUGUCUGUGAGAGUUUGCAUGACUACCACGUGGGCGCAAGGACAAACAUCACAUAACACAGGAUCAUUCAACUUGUAACAGCGCAAUUGCAAUCGCAAAUUUCAACAAGUAUUCUUUUUUAUUGCUUUGGAGAAAAUACAACAAUAUUCCACACACCCGCGCCGCCAAAGUGCUGUCAUUGUCAACGUCGUUGCAAUUGGCUAGCAGCCUUCUUCGGCGGUUUUGUUUUAUGCUUAAACCCCAGUCUGAGGGUCAGCUGCUGUGUGGCAAGUAAAUUGCGUAGCAAUAUUGGCUCUUCCUCUCCGGCUGUUUGGCGUGUGUACCGAACAUAGUGCUGGCGCAAAAUAAAAAACCCAAAAGCGCUUUUAAUUAAUUGUGGGUUAAUUGCGAUUUAACGUUGCGAGGGAUAAAGAGAACGCUUGUGUGCACCAAAAACAACAAAUAAAGAUUUAAAAGAGCAACAACAGUAAAUCCAUAAAGCAAUUUGUUGUACAAAAACGACUGCAGUAAAAGUCAGAAACAAUUAAACAUUGCGCCAACUGAAAUCGGGGCAGAUUCGUAACACCCCCGAAGAACAGAAAAUUAUUAGAUAAUCACAUAUUUAUGGUUUAUUUCAAAUCCGACUAAAUUAAAGCAGCAAAGUCAAAGCACCAACGCACAAAUUAACCUCAAAUUCAAGGCAACGCGCCGCGGCGUCUGCGUUGCCGUCGCCGUCGACACUGAAAGCUGAUUGUCACAGUUAGACUGUGACAUUUCACACACUUUUCGGGGGUCGGAGGGUAGGGGUGACACGUGGUUGCAGGAGUCUUGCGCUCACCACAGCGUUAAAUAACUACGCUAGUAUUACCGUUAGCGCUAGCUUCACAACGGCUCAACAUGAUAUCGAACAAGAAAUCGUACGCCAUGAAGAUGCUGCAGUUAGCAUUAGCCUUGAGCUUGCUGCACGUGGAUCCGGAUAAUUUCCUACAGCAACGCCUGCGCAAUUGGGAUUCACAGUUGGAGUUGCGCGAUGGCGAUGGCUGGGAGCUGGAAAUGUUGCGCGCCGUGCCGAUGGUGGAGUAUCCGUAUGCGAAUCGCAAAACUAUGAUGCCACUCAUAGAGGAUCUAAUACGCUACGAUCGUCAACACGAUGCCACACCGCCGCAAUAUAACGUAACCGCUUACAUGUUGAAUGUGCAAAAUGAUGGUGGCACCAAUCAAACCGCCACGCUACCGGAGCUGCAGGCAACAACGAGUACGACAACGAGCACCGCUAGUAGUGUGAAUGUGGCCGGUGCUGCGGCCUUGGAACAGGCUGCUAAUGCGGCUGCGGCUGCUGCGGCGGCCAGCACGAAUGCCAGCAAUAUGGGUUUGCCCGCUUCGGAGUUGGAUGUGUUUCUCAAUUCGGAGAACUUUCAAGAUCAGCGUUCGGUAUGGGAGCAGAACUUGGCCGAUCUGCGUGAUUUUGGUGAUUUGGCCGUCAACAAUCCCUACGCUGGCUUACCGCUGAAAGAUGAGCCGCACAACAACACCUAUAUUGAUGUUAAUUUGGAUAUGUUUUUUCCGAGUUUCGCGAGCGCAGUGGCGGGCGGUGUCGCCGUUAAGGAGGAAACAGUCGGCGCAGGCGCAUUAAAUGAUACUUUUCCCGAACCGGCCGAUAUUGCUAGCAUUAAAACCGAACAGCUCGACAAAGAGGAGCAGGAAUUUGUGGUAGAAAAUGAAGUGGCCACCUCCUCAAGUGCCAGCGAUGAAACAGCGCCCAAGAUUAAGAAAGAAACGGAAAAUGGCGAGGAUAACAUGCAAGCGACAGCGAGUGAAGCAUUCGAUUUGAGCCCAUUUAUCAGCCAAUUGGAUUUAUUUAAAGAGGAGAGCGAAAUUAUCGAUGUGCUCUGGAAGCAAGAUGUCGAUUUGGGUUUUUCAUUGACACCACCGCAUCUGUUGAAUGCAACCGCUAAUAACGGUAGUAAAGGUGCAAGCGCCGAUGACGAAGUUGAGAAUUUGAAAGCGCUGAAGGAGCUUAAAUUAGAUAAGCCAAGCUUUGAGGGCAAAGAUAACGAUGAUGCUGGCGAUAUCGAUGAUGAAUGGGUUGGUAUACCCUUCACCGUGGACAAUGAAACUGGUGAAUAUAUCCGUUUGCCACUGGACGAAAUUCUUAACGACGUACUACAAUUGGCUGAAUUCGGUAAUAUUAAUAGCGAGUGCUCAAACGAUUCUGUCGCUUCAACAUCGAAAGCUGCGGCUGCAAAAACUAAUAACAACAACGACAAGACCAAAACGGAAACCAGCGAAGACGAGCUAAACGAAAAUAAGGACGUCAGUGCUAUCAUAUCUAACGGUAAAGACGAAGAUUUGGCUAAGAAAACACUCGACACAACCACUGACGGCACCACCAAACAGGAACAGGACAGCACCGAGAAAGAUUAUAUUGAGGAUUUCGAUCUAUCGCUGUCGGAGAUCGAAGUCUAUUCAUUGCCAUCGCCACUUUUCGAUUUAGAUGACGAAGCACGCGAAGAAUUAGCCGAUUUUGACAAAAUGUUACAAUCAGCUGGAGCAGCACCAUCGCCAUUCCACCACCAUCAUUCGCAUCAACGCAGUGCCGGCAUGCAAGGUUAUGUUGGCGGCGGCGCAAAUAGUGCUUUCCACCGUCAAGCAGGCGGUUUCCAUCAUGGUCACCAUCAGGGUCGCAUGUCCCUCAGUCGUGGCGUUUCGAUGGAGCAACGUUUACAGGAUAUUGCCAGUUUCUUCAAUCCGAUAUCGAGCAUGGGUGUAGUCGGCGGCGUCUCCGAUAUGCCACCCUAUCCCCACUAUCCCACACAUCCAUAUUCGUAUCAGGGUGCCGCUGGCAUACCAGCACCACCGCAACACGCUCAAUAUCCACCACCACCACCGCCGCAUUCACACCAUCACAGCCACCAUGCCAUGUUGCAUGCCAACGCCACUUUGGGUGAUAUUUGCCCCACGCAGCCGCAUUAUGGCCAUAAUUUGGGUUCAGCCGUCACUUCUAGCAUGCAUUUGACCAACUCCAGCCAUGAGGCUGACGCCGGUGCAGCUGCAUCAGCCGGCGCUGCAGGCGGCAAUGUGGGCGCCUAUAAAAUGGAACACGACAUGAUGUACUACACUAAUUCUUCUUCGGAUAUGAAUCACACCACUGACGGAUUUAUUAACUCAAUUUUGAAUGAUGAGGACUUGCAUUUGAUGGACAUGAAUGACAGUUUCUGUCGCAUGGUUGACGUAAACAAUAGCACAAGCAAUAACUCGUCGGUACUCGGCGGCAGCGCUGGUCUCUCCAACGGUCAUGCAAGCGCCGGCGGCGGCGGUAGUGCCACAGGUUCAUCAACUAACGGACUCGCAAUGAACGGUGCUGGCGCUACGAAUAGUGCGCUCGCUGGCGGUAUGACAGCCGAUCUCUUGGGUUCGGGUGCGGGUGGCACGAGUGCCGGCGGUGAUCGUUUGGACGCCUCCAGCGAUAGCGCAGUCAGUUCAAUGGGCUCGGAGCGUGUACCAUCCCUCUCGGAUGGUGAGUGGGGUGAAGGUAGCGAUUCGGCGCAAGAUUAUCACCAAGGCAAAUACGGUAGACCGUAUGACUAUAGUUACAAUAAUAAUAAUAAUAAUCGCAUGAACGACGGCACACGUCAACCGCCCGUAGCACAGAAGAAACAUCAAAUGUUUGGCAAACGUUUUCUCAAUGAACAACCCGAUUUGGGCGCGACGCCUACAACCGCUGACAAUGGCAGUAAUAUCGGUGUUGUGCCACCGACUGGCACAAAUUCACUACUAAAUAUUGGUCCCGCACAGUCGAUUAAAUAUGAAUACGAAGCAUAUCCAACCGUACCCGGUCUACAACCGGGCGGCGCUGGCGGUGCACUCAAUGCCGAAGGUGCUAUAGGACCGGUGUUAAGUAACAAGGAGCAGCAGGCAUACGAUUUGAAGUAUGGACCCGCAGUUGCAGGCGCAAUGGGUGGCUAUACGCUGGAUUUCGCACAACGUCCGCCGCGCACACCGCACGAGGUCGUUCAACACAACCACACGUACACACUGCCCCAGGGCACAGGCUCUGUGCCUCGGCCACAGGCGCGCGACAAGAAACUCUCCACCUCAUCGUCAAAGUCCUCUAAAUCCGUCAAUGGUGAGGAGGAGCAUUUGACACGUGACGAGAAGCGCGCACGCGCUCUGAAUAUUCCCAUAGCAGUGAGCGAUAUCAUCAAUUUGCCCAUGGAUGAGUUCAACGAACGUCUGUCCAAGUAUGAUUUGACCGAGAAUCAGCUGUCACUGAUACGCGACAUACGUCGACGUGGCAAAAACAAGGUCGCCGCACAGAAUUGUCGCAAACGUAAGCUCGAUCAGAUACUCUCGCUGGAAGACGAGGUGAAAGAGGUGCGCCGCCGCAAGGAGCAGUUGCAUUCGGAUCGCGACAGUCUGGCUUUGGAGCGUAAGCGCAUAUCGAACAAGUUCGCGGCGCUGCACAGACACAUAUUCCAAUACUUGCGCGAUCCCGAGGGCAAUCCCUGCUCAACGUCCGAAUACACGCUGCAACAGGCCGCUGAUGGCUCCAUUUACUUGCUGCGCAAAUCCGAUGCCACAAACGGCAGUGGCAACAUCAGCAAUAGCAGCAACACAAGCAGCAGUAGCAGCGGUGGCGGCAGCGUAAGUACGUUACUCAGUCACAAUGGCAUGUCGCCACAGCAGCAACAGCAACAACAACAUGCAAUGCUGGGCGCAGCGACGCAUUUGCAACAGCAUCAUCAUCAUCAGCACGCGCAGGCGCCACAACAGCAACAGCAGUUGUCACAUAUGCACACACAGCAAGUGCAACAGGCGCAGCAGCAGCAGCAACAACAACAACAGCAGCGGCAACAUUCAGCGCAUGCGCACGCCCAUCAUCAUCAAACGCAUCAGAAAGAUUGAAAAUUGCUGUUGCAGCACUAUGCGAAUUGGUUUAAAA